CAGCUGUCACACCGUGGGUUAGGAUGGCUGAGGAGGAGGGUGAUGUGGACGAGGAGGAUGUGUUCCUGGCCUUUGCCCGGAGGCCCUCUCCUCCCAGGGGUCCCCUGCGGCAGGCCAUGGACAAGGCCUUCUUCAUCUUCCUGGUCCUCAUCCUGACACUACUGACGCUGGAGGCUGUUUAUAAGCUGCUGUGGCUGUUACCAUGGGCAAAGUUUGGGGACUGGCUCCUGAGAACACCGCAGAUGGAGGAGGAGCUGGAACUGUGA